AAAUAUGAUGCCCAUGCUUCAGCCGACCCUCGCUAUAUUUCCCCCUAGCCCUUCGUCCCUCUUCUUCCAACGGCACUCACUCACUCUCUCUCUCUCUCUCUCUCUCUCAUGCAAGUAAGGCUUGAGUCCACUACUGCGACACAACUCUUGUUUCCUUUUUUAGUCAUUUAGAGCAAAGGUUGAGAGUUAGUUUGCAUUUCGUCAUGGCCGAGGGUUUAUCCGAAUUUUUCGAAGCUGUAGAGUUCAGAAGCACAAACUUAACCGGAGCCGCCUCCCCCGAGAACCUCUUCAGCAUGUUUGAGACUUUUGAGGAUGCCACCACCGACCUCAUUACCCUGGCACCGUUCGAGGAGGAGCCAAAUUUAAGCCCGAAAGAGACCCAAAAAACACAAAGUAGCCCUACGUUGAAAAGGUCGAAUACUCUCAAACUCAGGCUCGAUGAAGUGGAUGAGGAUGGUGGUGAUGAGGCCUCCUUGGCUCGAAAGAAGCUCAAGUUCGCCGCGGCAGUUUCCCUGGAGGAAGAAGUGCAGGACGGGCAGCAGAAGGUUUCGCACAUCACGGUGGAGCGCAACCGGAGGAAGCAGAUGAACGAGCACUUGUCGGUGCUUCGAUCGCUCAUGCCUUGUUUCUAUGUCAAAAGGGGAGACCAAGCAUCCAUAAUAGGAGGAGUUGUCGACUACAUCAAAGAACUUCAACAAGUCCUACAAUCACUAGAAGCCAAGAAGCAAAGGAAAGCCUACACUGAAGUCCUCAGCCCAAGACCGACAAUCUCCAGCCCUAGACCGCCACAAUUGCCAUUAAGCCCAAGGCCCUCGCCCUUGAGCCCUAGAAUAGGGCUCCCCAUAAGCCCAAGAACUCCACAGCCAUCAAGCCCUUACAAACUUCCGAUAAGAGUUUCUCCUAUUCAUGAGUCUUCUUCAUCCUUGGACACUGCUUCAAGUAUCAAUAACAGCGGUGAGCUUGCGGCAGCGGCGAACUUUAAGUCGCCGUUGGCGGAUGUUGAGGUGAAGUUUUCUGGGCCGAAUGUGAUGGUGAACACGGUGUCGAGUAGGAUUCCAGGGCAGAUGACGAAGAUUGUUGCAGCGCUUGAAGGGCACUCCCUUGAGAUACUUCAGUUGAAUAUCAACAAUAUUGAUGAUACUAUGAUGAACUCCUUCACUAUUAAGAUUGGAAUCGAGUGCGAGCUCAGCGCAGAAGAACUUGCUCAAGAGAUUCUGCAAACUUUCUCAUAACACUACUUAUGAACCAGCUGCAACAGUCGACCAUUGUUCUUAACCUUGUUAGCUCUGUGACCUAGAUAUGUUGAUCUCCGGUUUCCUAUCUAACCGAAAUUAAUUGGGUUUAAUUGCUGAUGAUAGACCUCUGUACUAUAUAUGUAUCGCCAAAUUGCAGACAGACCCUCCGGAUUCUCAACUCCAUAGUUUUCCUAUUUAGAUUAGUUUUAAGUAA